UUUAUAAACACAUUCCACAGUCACGCUCGUUUUAUUCCAAGAUCGUUGUUAAAAAUGGCCAGAAACGAACAUUUUACGAACGAAGGAAGAAGGAUUGUUAUAAAGUGGAAAGACGAAGACAAACCUUAUAGGGAAAUAGCAAAACG